UUGGAGAAACAGUAUGAUAUCAGAAGCUUUCCCACAAUUCAAAAUGUAUAGCAGAAAGCCUCUUCUUCUAGUCUUGGUGGUCAUAACAUUAAUGCUCCAUGGAAUUAGUUGCUAUGCAAAGAAUAAUAUAAAACAUAUAUGUUAUUCUUCUUCAUGUGGGAGUAUCUCUAAUAUAGAUUAUCCUUUCAGACUCACCACUGACCAUUCCAGCUGUGGAGACUUUAGGUACAAUCUUUCUUGCGAGAACAACAUUACAGUCUUAAACUUGUAUAUUCGCACAGACCUUAAGUAUCGAAGAUACUACGUAAGAGCAAUCAACUAUAAUAACUAUACGAUUCGAGUUGUUGAUCCCAAAUUUCACGAAUUACAUGACAAAAACCAUUCAUCUUCAUUCAACACCAACACUUUGUCCCUUGGAUAUUUUGACGCAUAUAAUUUUUAUUCACCCCAAUUUUAUUUGGUGUUUGGAAGUAUGAGAAAAGUUGCGAAAACCCUAGUGUUGAUUAGCUGUGAAAGAAGAAUGAUGAAAUCUUCUUAUUAUUACAUUGAUGCUAAUCCUUGCAUGUCAAGAAAGAAUAAUAGCAAUAAUUUUACAUGGUCAUAUUAUUUGUUGGAUGUUGAUGAAAUGAGUCCUUCUAAAUUGGAUUUUUGCUUGAUAGAACAAGUAACUCUCAUUGAUCAAAGUUUUCAUGGUUCAUCAUGUCAUGACAUUAUCAAGCAACUAGCUUAUGGUUUUCACCUUUCAUGGAUCCAAAGUUUUGACAAAUCAAAAUGGACUCAAGAGUUUUGUUCCCUCAAUGAAUAUUCCAACAAAGUUCAUUGUGUUUCUGGUAAAUGUGCGACUAAAGAUACAUUCGAACCAGAUGAUCAAAAACUUUGUGAGGUCACAUUUCUAAUAAUGCUUCGCCAAGCUAUGUAUUACAUCAAAUACUACUUGUACGAGAAAGGACGUUACAUAUACACCGUGGGAUUUUUCGCACCAAGAACAUUGACUGGACUAUUAAUUCUAAUUUCUAUAAUGGUGUAUCAAUGGAGAAGACGACAUUUAUCAAUGUACAAUGACAUAGAAGAUUUCCUCCAAAGUCAUAACAAUCUCAUGCCUAUACGAUAUUCUUAUCGAGACAUUAGGAAGAUCACCAAAGAGUUUAAGGAGAAACUUGGUGAAGGAGGAUUUGGCUCUGUAUAUAAAGGACAACUUUGUAGUGGUCCUUUUGUUGCAGUCAAAAUGUUAGGGAAAUGCAAGACUAAUAAUGGUCAAGAUUUCAUUAAUGAAAUAGCUACCAUUGGAAAAGUUCACCAUGUCAAUAUCGUGAGAUUGGUUGGUUUUUGUGUUGAAGGGAAGAAGUGGGCUCUUAUAUAUGAUUUCAUGUCUAACGGAUCCCUAGAUAAGUACAUUUUUUCACGAGAAAAAAUGAACAUCUCUUUAUGUUAUGCCAAAGUAUUUGAGAUUUCAGUUGGAAUAGCUCGUGGUAUUGAGUAUCUUCAUCAAGGUUGUGACAUGCAUAUUCUUCAUUUUGAUAUUAAACCUCACAACAUUCUUUUAGAUGAAAAUUUUAUUCCAAAAGUUUCUGAUUUCGGGCUAGCAAGAUCAUGUUCUUUGGAAAACAAUUUAGCCUCUUUAACUGCUGCAAGAGGAACCUUGGGAUAUAUAGCUCCAGAAUUAUUCUAUAAAAAUAUUGGAAGAGUAUCUGCCAAAUCCGAUGUGUAUAGUUUUGGAAUGCUAUUAAUGGAAAUGGCAAAUCAACGAAAAAAUGUGAAUGCAGCUACUGAAAACUCAAGCCGCAUCUUUUUUCCCUUAUGGAUACACAAGCAAUUCAACGAAGGAAAAGAUAUACAAAUAGAUGAAUAUGCAACAAAAGAAGAUUUGAAGACAAUAAAGAAGAUGGUUAUAGUUGCGUUGUGGUGUAUACAACUAAAACCUUGUGAUCGUCCUACAAUGAGUGAAGUCAUAGAAAUGCUUGAAGGUAACCUUGAAAGCCUACAAGUACCUCCAAAUCUUCACCUAUAUCCUCAAAAUCAAGAGAACAAUAGUAAUGAGACAUCUUUCUCAUCAACAAUUUCUAUGGAUGAGUAUUCUGCAGAUGUCAACGAGUAGAAUAUCACUACUUAUG